AUGAAAGAUCCGGGAACUGCAAAGGCCUCCUUCGUGGUGACACUGCUACUAGUGAUGGCUAAUGCAACUUCCUUGCUUGACGAUGUCGGCUUACAGCAGGAAUGGCGCGCGAAAGCCCGCAACUGGAUUCAUGUUGCUCAAAGUUGGGUCUCCGCACCCAUCGAAAAAGAUCGCCUCUCACUAGAUGGUCUACAAGUUUAUUGUUUGCUUCUUCUCGCCCGCCAGGUGAAUUGUGUCGGGGCGGAUUUAGUCUGGAUCUCAGCUGGCUCAUUAAUGCGCAUGGCAAUACAAAUGGGGUUGCAUCAAGAUCCCGACCACCUAGGAGGAAUGACGCCGCUACAAAAGGAGACCCGAAGAAGACUCUGGUACACGAUUUUAGAGAUGAAUGUGCAGGCUGCUUUGGACUCAGGCAUGCGUCCCAUGGUCACUGCCGAUGAUUUUGACACCCGGCCGCCCUCAAAUCUCAACGACGAGGAUUUGGACAAUAAAAUGCAGUGGGAUUCUCCUAAGGAAAUGCUUCCAACGCCAACACGGGCUUCAUUCCAAUGUCUAUUGGCCUCUUCCGUGCUCUUAAGGCUGGAGGCUACCAGGGUCAUCAAUGCGUUGCAGGAGGAGCCUCCAUAUGAUCACGUUCUUCGUCUCGGAGAGGAGUUAGCGUCGGUUUGCCGCAAGGCGACCGUCUCCAUUGAUCAUCACAAGUCGGUUGCCAAGAACCUGUGGCCGACAGAAUUUCCAUAUAGCUGCUGUGAUCAUUUUCACCGUCGAUUCCUAUUGUGCCUCCACCUUCCUUAUGCAGCCAAAGCCGCGCACAAUCCGAUGUACAGCUUCUCGUCAAAGGCAGGCUUUGAAGCCGCGCUUGAUUUACUCUCACUACUUGAUGACGAGAUAUACCGUCGCCUACUGCUUGUUGGUGGUGGCAUGUUUCGAGAUAUUCUGACGCGUGGCGCUCUAUUGGUAUUUUUAGAAUUAAUCACACAGCUGGAAAGGGAGAGCUCUGCGUUUGUGAAGAAACGCAACCAGGCACGCAGAGAGCCGUUCUUAGAAGACGCGAGGAACAUCGUCCAGUACGCCCAAGAUAGACUUUCCUAUGGUGAGACGAAUGUGAGGAGUUAUGUGUUUGUGAGUAUGGCCAUGGGUCAAGUGAACGCCAUGCUCAGCGACUUGUCGACCAAAGAUGCCAUUGUCAAGUCUGCAAGCGAGAGUCUAGAAGUCUGCCAUGGCAUACUGAGAUCCACAGCUGCUAACUUACUCUCGAGAAUUACUGUAGACCCCAAUAUGGCAUGCGGGAUAGGCUGUGACGCAAUGGCAAUACCCUCUGUUGAUGACAUCAAUUUCGAUUUUAUGAACGAUGGAAACAUUGACUUUGAACUGGCAGGCUCUUGGUUAGUACGGCAAUAG